UUAUAUCUUAUGCAAUAGAAUAUGAUUAAACAGACACAACGGAGGAAGCGAUGGGUCGUUAUCAAACAACAGCGUUUAUAGGGAGUUUGUGCUGUUUGCUCCUAGUCAUACAUGCAUUGCCAACAACUAGAUCUCCAUUACUGACCAGCAUACAUCUGACUGACCAGAACUGUACUGACUGUUGUGAAUUUCUGCAGUGUACUGAAAAAUUUACUGGCAAAAUCAACAUAUCUAAUAGUGGAAUUCAAUUCAUUGAAGCAGCUUGCAAUGACAUGGGGAAUCUCCAAAUGUUGUCUUGUUAUACGCCAGAAAAACUCCAAAGCUGUUCCUACCUUAAGCGCAUGUCUUCCUAUCUUCCUGCGCAACAGACCAUGAAGGAACAGUUGACGGAAAUGUGCGCGCACAAAGAUGAUUUCCUUGGACUGGAAUCAUGCACGGCAGCCAAAUCAUUUGUGGACAGUUAUUCGAUCUGUACGGAUCCAUAUGUAGCUGCAUUGAGUGAUAAAACAGCUGAUUUAUGUCAGGUUUACAAGGUCCAGGUGAAUUGUACUAUUACCUUACUGACCACGACCAACUGUAACUCAGUAUAUGUGAAUACGUAUCGCUCGAUACAAGAAAAGGAACUAACACAGACAUGUGAACUAUUGAAAUACGUACAGUCUGUGAUCGGAUAAACGGUUAUAGCAUAUACAAUCUCAAUAAAAAUAUUGAAAUUC